CAACGGAAGCAUGUCAGAGAUUCAAUUUGCAAGUAUAAAUCAAUAUCCCAAAUACAAUCAACAGUUGAAGGAAGGUAGAAAUAAUUCAAAACGUGCGCAAAUACUCGCACGAAAUUCGUCCCAGUUCAGUUCAACGCAGCCAACGCCGAAAAGAGACAGAAAUACCAGGCAACGUCGUGGAAACGAGAAAAGGCGAAUAAGAGAAAGACGUAAACCUGAUACUGACUCUUCUCCGAUUCCUACGACAGAACAAAGAUCUGACAGUGUACCGAGGAAAAUUUAUCAAUGGUGUUCACAAUGUUUCGGGAAAAAGAAAUCCAAGAUAUCCCAGGUUCGUAAAUCUCAGUCCAAUUUCUUUAAGCGUCUCAGAGAGAGAUGCAAGAAGAAAAAGCAAAGGAAGAAAACCACUUUCAAGGAAAAGAAUGGCGUUUCAAAGACACGACACGAAGAUGAGGUUAAAGGAAUGUCGAGAGAAGAGAGGGAUCAAAAGAUCGAUGUGUCAGAAGAUCCGUUGAGUAGGAAAAGGAGGGAGAGGGGGAAGAAAGAUCGACACGUUGGUGAAGUUAAAGAAUCGUUAAGACAAGUGAGAGAUCAAAAGAUCGAUAUGUUAGAAGAUCCUUGGACUAGUGAAAGGAAGAGGAGGGUGAAAAGAGAUCGACGCGAAGAUGAAGUUAAAGAAACGUCAAGACAAGCCAGAGAUCAAAAGAUGGAUGUGUUUGACGACUCCUGGAGUAGGGAGUGGAAGAAGAGGAGGCAAAGAGAUGCGCUGGCUCCAUCUGUGCAUUCGUUGGAGAGAUCGAAAGAAGAGGAUCAAGAGGAAGAAACGAUUGAAGGUAUUAUUCCCGACGUGGGAAUAGAUUUCACGAAAAGCUGUUGCUACCUGUGCGCUAAAAAUACGAUGGCAAUCGCGGCAGCACUGUCUGGUAAGGCGGAGAAAUUCCACAUGUCUAUACAAGCUUCCACUAAAGAGAUAUUGACCUCCGACAAGAGUGUGAGUCCGGCUACACAGGUUAGGACUGUACAAUCAUCCGUGAGAGUAAAAGUGCGUGACAUGGGCACCCUGAUCCCGGAUAAAAAGAAGAACAAGAAAAUGCGGCCAAAAUUGAAGAUCAAGAAACUUAAUAUUCUUCCAAAAUUAAAAUUUCCUCUGUAUCCAAAAGUGCGAACUGUUGCUUGCGAGACGAAUCAAACGACGAGAUAUAAUAAUAUACCACAAUGUAGGGCAAGGCGUGGGGGAAACUGUGUAACGGUAGCUAAUGCAACAUAA